ACGAAAAAUAAAAACUACGUAACAAAGAACAAAAAAUUGAUCAGAUUUCUUAGGUCGAUUCCUAAGAUAUCCGAUCAUUCAUAUUAAUUCACAUUAUAUCAUUUUUUUUUCCAAAAAUAAAAAAUAAAAUUUAAAAAUGGUUCGUGUAAGCAAUUUCGUUAUUUCACUUGUUAACGUCUUAACCUUUAUGGUUGCAAUUAUGGCCUUAGGAUUUGGACUUUGGUUUAAAGCUGAUGAAGCUAAAAGCCUUUGCCAAAAAUCAUUAUAUAUGCCUUUGUUAAUAUUUGGGGGUUCACUUCUUGUGCUUUCAUUAUUGGGAUUAAUUGGAUCUUGUUGCAGAGCUUCGUUUUUCUUGUGGGUUUAUUUGUUUUUCCUGUUUAUGUUCAUCGUUGGGAUGAUUUGUUUAUCGAUUUUCACUAUUUUGGUGACGAAUAAAAGUGUGGCUAAAGCAUUGUCUGGGAAAGGUGGAAAUGAUGCUAAAUUUGGAGAUUGGGGAAAUUGGUUGGAGAAACAUGUUGUGAAUGAUGAAAAUUGGGAUGAAAUUAAGAGUUGUAUGGCAACUUUCAAGUAUUGUCAAAUGAUGCCUCGAGGAAAACCUGCUGAUUUUUACAAAUAUAGCCUCCCAGCUGCUCAGUCGAGUUGUUGCAAACCACCUACUUACUGCGGCUUUGAGUUCACAAACGCAACAUUCUGGACGAUGCCAAAAACAGGGCCAGCAGUGCCAGACAGUGACUGCAAAACUUGGAACAAUGCACAAAAUGAGCUCUGUUUCGACUGUCAUUCAUGCAAAGCAUCAUUCCUCGAAACCAUUCAGAAAAAUUGGAACAAAAUGGCAAUAUUAAACUUUUGUGUAUUUGUUUUUAUUAUCAUUAUUUACUCUAUUGGUUGCUGUGCUUUGAGGAAUAACAGAUCAAAGGGAUACAGACCAUACGCAUAAUUUUAUUUUUCAAAGUGAUAAGAAGGAGCUUAUUAUUUGGUUUAAGGCUAAUUUACUGU